CACUCUCGCUCCAACUGAUACUCUUCGCAAACGAGUUUGGGUGGGAGCAGACAAGACGAAGGAGGAACCUACAAGUCGCCCAGUUGGCAGAGUGACGAAGUUGUCUUCGGAAACUUGAAGUCUCCCAACAAAACCCACGAUGACUUCGACGAACAUGUUUCAAGGGUUGGACACCGGGUCAAAACCGAGCUCAAGGGUGCUGCGGCCUCCCGGUGGUGGCUCCAGUAAUCUGUUUGGUGGCUACGAAGAGGAGGCCCCCCAAUCUAGAAGACCGAAUAAGAUGGCCUCUAACCUGUUCGCCUCCCCAGAGGAGCCCCAGAUUGCACCCAGGCGCUCUAACCCUCCAGGUGGGAAGAGCAGCGGGAUAUUUGGAGAACCCGAACCUCCAGUCCACCCACAGAGACCGCUUCCUCCAGGUGGACCAACCAGUAACAUAUUUGAGUCGGGGGAUAGUCCAGAUGUCUCCAGCCCAAGCCGAAGUCACCCAAAUAAGCCAAAGGACAAUCUAGCUGUAGGACCUGAACCCGAAUCACCAGCAGCUGAGGUCAAAGUCAGCCAGCCUGAAGUCAACGUCAGCCAGCCUGAAGUCAACGUCAGCCAGCCCGAAGUCAACGUCAGCCAGCCUGAGGUUAAAGAGCAAAUUGCCUCACCAGCCGUUGUGCCAGCGAAGGAGGAGCCAACCGUUCCUCCGGCUACCCCAGAGCCUGCCUCCUCUUCUUGCGCCUCAUCCACUCCGCCCACUGAUGACAUUAAGAAGCACGAGCCUCACCUGGGUCCCAAGCCUCGCUCUCACAACAGGGUCCUUAACCCCCCGGGAGGAAAGUCCAGCGUGGUGUUCUACUGAUCCUCUCACCCCCUCUCCUUUUCCUAAAGAGGGUCUGUCUGCUCUUGACAUGUUUUGUCUGCUCCACCAUGCAUCUCAUUCCAAGUCCCACCACCCCUCCUGAUUGUCUCACAUGUACAUGAGAAUAUCGGCAUCGGUUUUUCUUGAAAGCAAACACGGACUGAUCUGUUGUCCUCAACUUGUUGCACUUUUCGCCUGACUUCCAACCACCCCACCCCCCUCCUCUAUUAACCCUAAACCUGCAUUAUACAAUCACCGCCUUUUCAAUCAACAAUCACGACCACUGUGAAAUGGUUCCAUCUCAAUACUGUUUUUGGACACUUGACCCUCUCUCAAAUUUCAGGGUGCAUAAGCCCUCAAGUUUUGCGUUGUUUUUUUUUUUUUUCUUAACACGGUGGCCUUUGAAAUUACCUUUGCUUUUCGGUGGCUUACUCCCGACCACCAAUGAGAGCAGUUCUGUCAUUAGUGGUCUCUUUCGUCUUCCUGUCAUCCAAAUGCAUGCCUGAUGCAAAGGGUCUACUGUCAACUGAGUCUUCAGGGAGCAAACUACCAAAAAAAAAAAAUGACAUUGAAUCCAAGAUGAAUGUGGUUGUUUACUCCAAAAGAUUUGUGUUCCCGAAAGAAAUUCCAUCAUGAUUUUACACGAAUGUGUAUUUUCUGCUCUGCUCUCAUUGCUUGCUUUAUCUGAGAACAUGCCGUUUUGUUUGCUUUUUCUCCUCGGGGUUGGCCUCUGUUUAUGUUUUAAAUUAAAACAGUUGGAGACAGGGGAGCUCUGGAUAAAUUGUGACUCACCUGAGUCCAGGUGAGCUAUUUAGGUAUCACCUUUUCACCCAUUUCAUGGUGCACAUUGAAGGUAUUCUGGAACCGGCCCCUCCCCCUGUGUGUUGAUGUGCCUGGCAGCAAUGAGUGCAGUAGAAUUCAAUCCUGUGUAUUGCAAUUAAAUGUUUUUGCAGUUGAAUGACUGUUUGAGCAUCAUUCCGCUUUACUGGUAUCUAAUAAAAUGGUGAGACACUUU